AUGGUGGAGAUUUGCUCGGCCGGAGGGGCAGACGAUCGUGAAGAAUGUAUCGGGAUGCACUUUUUUCUCACGGACGCUAUUCUCGCGGAAAAGGGCAUGAACUUGGGUUUUAGGCGACCACUGGUGUCCCUGAAAACGUUGUACUCGGACUUUGUGGUGCGGGAGUUGUCUCCGUUGUACAACAACGGUGAGCCGCUUGUGCUGGAGCAGCUGCCAACGGUCGAGCGGUUGGACAGCAAAUUGAAGGCUGUGAAACGGCCACGAGAGGAGAAGGAGGAGGAGGCGAUGGCUACAGCGUUGGAUGCUCAACCGAUAUUGUUACUGGAGCAUGUACAGGCGCAAUUUUCAUCGCUAUUGGGUCCGGAGGAUUUGUCGUCUCUUCUGGAAGCUUUGCGUGCGGGUGCUGAUCGGGUGAUGCUUCGAGAUUCUUCACUGACGAAGGCGCAGCGCACACGGGUGCAUGAAGCGGUAAAGAAUACACUUGGACCGUCGUAUUUGAGUCGCACUGUGGACGGGUCCCUUGUGAUUGAAAAGUCAACGUCAGUGUCAAGAAGGGAAGAAAUGCGUCGCUCAAACCCACUGCGCCUACAAAAGUUCUUGCACUUUACGCUAUACAAGGAAAACAUGGACAGCAAUCGUGCCCUACGUGCAAUUGCCGGACACCUUUGUUUGCCGGUGCGACAACUCCUUUUCAGCGGAACAAAAGACAAAAGGGCGGUGACUCUCCAGCGCGUUGCGGUUCGGGGCCUUUCGUGCGAGCGGCUCUCUGAAAUCAAUGAUCGGUCAUUUGGUCCGGAUUGUGAACUGAAGGUAUGUGGUUUCCAGGAGGCAGAGAGUGGACUGCGCCUUGGUGAUACGUUGGGCAAUCAUUUUCUUAUUGCCCUCCGUCUUUUACCAGAUAGUACAGAGCCUUCACCUGACAUGCUGAAGGUCAUUCAAGAAGUUAUUGGCUCUGUUGGUGUGGUGAACUACUACGGGCCUCAGCGCUUUGGCACGACGGAAGUGUUAACAAGUGAUGUUGGUAUCAAAUUGCUUUCUGGAGAGUUUGAACAAGCACUUCGCAUGAUAUUUCAUUCUAAAGCGAUUGUUGAACCGAAUCUCCUUCCCUCGAAGGAGGCUGUGGAGCGACGGUCCUUUGAUGAGGCGCUAAAGCUUCUUCCACGCUACUGUUUUCAGGAGCGUGACAUUCUGAAGCAUUUGGUAAAAUGCCCCAACGAUUUUUUGGGCGCGUUGCACAUGAUACCGCGAACUUUGGGUAUGUUGUACUGUCAUGCUGUACAGAGUUUGAUUUGGAAUAUCAUGGCUUCGGAGCGAUUGAAACGUGGUGUGGGACCUCUCCCAGGUGAUUUGCUGUUAAAAAAUUUGUAUACGCACAUAAGGGAGCGUGCUAAUCGACCAGAUGACAAUGACGAGGAUUUUAAAAUCCUAAUGAAGGAAGAUGGUCUGCCGGAGGUGGUGCGACUCACAGAAGAAGACGUGGCAACUGGCCUUUUUUGUCUGUGUGAUGUUCUUCUUACUGUUCCAGGCCCUGACGAAGAACUGCAGUAUCCAAGUAUUGCGAGUUGCACGCGUGAGUCGUACAUUGCGGCGCUCAAAUUGAGAGGAGCGGAGAUGCUUUUGAAUGCAGAGAAUCCCCUUGUGAAGGUGUAUCAUUACCAUGGGGCAUAUCGACCGCUGGUAGUAAAGCCGAGAGGACUAAAGAUGCGCCUUGUGAACACGAAAGGACCGCGAGAGCCAAUUAUUCUUACGGAUUUGGAAAAGUUAGCCAUGUGUGACACCAAUAAUAAUGGUAUGAUGGAUAAUGAGAUUGAACAGGACGCCUGCACAACGACUGCAGUGAGUAAGGCAAUUGUGGUGGAAUUUUCCCUUCCUCCAGGCUCAUACGCUACCUCUGUUUUGAGGGAGUUUAGCAUCCCUUACUCUGAGGGUUACCAUUCCACGGCGGCUAUGCAAUGCGACAGCAGCGGCAGUCAUUAG